AUGAGUGUGCAUCAUCAUGAAUUAGCAAAAAAGUUUUUCGAGCAUUUUUUUAAGCUUGCGACUAAGACAGAAUCAAUAGACCCAUUCUUUACAGAAACAUGCAACCUUACCUUCGGAGAUGAACAAUUUUCUGGUAAAGAAGCUGUUUUAGAGAAAUUAGCCCCUCUGUUACCAUUGACACCUUGUACAACACAUAGCUUUGUCGAACAGCCAUAUUCAAAUGGCCGAUGCAUUGUAACAGCAAACGCAAGAACAGAAAUCCAACCAAAAAUAGAUGUUACAGAAAAUGUUACCUGCGUUCACUUCAUAAUUACAUUCUUACUUGCAGAAAUUGACGUUUCAAUUCAUAGAUAUGGCAUAACGCACAUUAUAGUUUUGCCAAUUGAGCAAUAA